UUGCUUUUCUCUUCUGUAAUCCUGAGUUAAGUGGAAAACUGUGUCAGUUGUUGGAAGAUGAUUUCUGCUUGACCCAUUCUCCCAAAACUUGGAUAACUCUAGAAUUUGUAAAAUGUUUACUGGGUUCUAUGUCAAGUUCUAGCUAAAAUAUGUGUUGUUUUGGUUUAGCAUAUGCCAUUGUUAUUGGUUUGUCUGGUUUAUACUACAUUGCUUUAAGUGGGCAUUGAUAUUACUUUUUUUCCCAGAGGUUGUUAAGUGUUAAAAGGUUCAAUAUUUGAUGAUGGGAAAUCAAGAUUCCUAGCUGUUGACUUGGUAACCACAAGAUUACAUGUUCGACUCCAAGCAACCUAUUGGCCUUCUUAGUUUGACCUAGACUGGUUUCUGCUUGUGGUCUUUUUUGCCGGUUAGGGUAAGUAUAGUUUACCCAAUGCAUACUCUCAGGCAAUGGCUGCGGGUUUCCCUCGUCACCAAAAAAAAGAUUCAUCUAAGGUUUCCGAGUGGAUGAAUGGGAAAGGUCUGUAUCCAUUUUCGUCGAGUGAUCAAGCUGUGCAUCUGGAUCUUAUAGGGGUGGUUCAUGGAUCGAAAGCUGCAGAGGACUUUUUUAGUAAACUCGGUGACAAGGAGAAAAAUGAAAAGACUUAUGGUGCUCUCUUCAAUUGUUAUGUCAGAGAAGGGCUGUUUCUGAAAUCCCUUUCCCUUUUCGAGAGAAUGAAGGAAAUUGGUUAUGGUUCCUCCCCUCUUCUUUACAGCAAUCUCAUGUGUCUUUAUAAAAAUGCUGGCAAGCUUGAGAAAAUCCCCCACGUGAUGUCGGAGAUGAAGGAGAAUGGCGUUCCUACUAAUUACUUUUGCUAUAACAUCUGCAUCAAUGCUUAUGGUGAGUUAUCUGAUCUUCAUAGCAUGGAGACGCUUCUUGAGGAAAUGGAAAGCCAGCCUCACAUAACAAUGAGAUGGAACACCUACUCCAUAGUAGCGCACUUCUAUAUAAAGUCCAACAAGAAGGAGAAAGCACUUAUUUCCUUAAUGAAACUAGAGGAGAGUCUACGGAAAGAUGCAUUAGGCUACAAUCACUUGAUUUCGCACUAUGCUAACCUCGGGAAUGUGGAGGAGAUGUGGAGAUUAUGGGGUGAACAAAAAACCGUAUGCAAAAAACAUAUUAACAGAGACUAUAUCACCAUGUUGGGUUGCUUGGUGAAGCUUGGUGAGCUCGAAACAGCCGAGAGACUGCUAAUGGUGUGGGAUUCUUCCUGCCACACCUAUGAUUUCAGGGUUCCGAAUACUCUUCUGAUUGGUUACUGCCAGAAGGGAUUAGUUGAGAAAGCGGAGGAAAUGCUCCUCGAUCUGGUCAAGAAAGGCAAGCAGCCAACCCCGAACAGUUGGGCUAUAAUCACGGCAGGCUACAUGGGCAGGGGCAGCAUGGACAAAGCUUUUGAAUGCAUGAAGAAAGCUGUAUCAGUAAGUCAAAACAACAAAGGGUGGAGGCCAAAAAAGGAAGUGGUUUCAACCAUAGUCAAUUGGCUUCAAGAUCAACAGAGGGUUAGAGAGUUAGAUGCUUUCAUGAUGGCAUUAGAUAGGGUUCCAAGAUAUAGCAACAUCUCCAGCAGAGUAAAAGGCCACAGGGUUUACCCAGUGCACAACUUCGGUUAGUGGUUGCGAUUUUCCCUUGUCACCCAACAAAAAAAAAGAGCCAAGAAAUGAGACAGUAAUUUGUUUGUGUAGCUUUGAAUUUUUCUCAGUUUUUGCCUUUACUGUUCCUUGUACACAUGCCAGUUUAGUUGCUUCAGAUUCAAAGAAUGAAGUUGCUUAAAAUAAUGAUGAA